AUGUUUGUAGUUCGUUUUUUUGAUUUUUCUCACUAAAGUUUUUUGGUGGAAAGACUAUUUUGAAAUCUCAAAACCAGCAAAAAAAUGCCAGUCUUAACGUGUAGGUUUUAUGAGCGCAAGUUUCCCGAAAUAGAUGAUGUUGUCAUGGUGACGGUGCUGUCCAUAGCAGAGAUGGGAGCGUAUGUUCAUCUCCUAGAGUACAACAAGAUAGAGGGUAUGAUCCUGCUGAGUGAGUUGUCGAGAAGGCGCAUCAGAUCGAUCAACAAAUUGAUCAGGGUUGGGAGGGAUGAAUGUGUCGUCGUCAUCAGGGUUGACAAAGAGAAGGGCUACAUUGACCUGUCAAAAAGGAGAGUCAGUCCAGAAGAGAUCAUCAAAUGCGAGGAGAAAUUUGCCAAAGCCAAAUGUGUGAACAGCAUCUUGACCCACGUAGCUCAGCUGAUGAAGUACGAGACGGACACACAGUUGGAGGACCUGUACAUGAAGACUGCCUGGAUGUUUGACAGGAAGAUGCAGAGAGUGGGUGCCUCGUACGAAGCUUUCAAACAUGCCGUUACGAACCCGGAAGUCUUAGACGAAUGUGACAUUGACCCUGAAACGAAAGCCGUCCUGUUGGCAAACAUCAAGAGGAGGUUGACCCCACACGCUGUCAAGAUCAGAUCAGACAUAGAAGUGGCAUGUUACGAAUACGAAGGUGUCGAUGCAGUCAAGAUGGCAUUGAGGGAGGGCCUCAAACUGAGCACUGAAGAAAUGCCCAUCAAGAUCAACCUCAUAGCUCCACCUCUUUAUGUCAUGACUACUCAGACACUUGAAAGAGCUGAAGGUGAUGAUGAUGAUGAGGAUGAUGAUGAUUAUGAUUAUAGAUUGUGCUGA